UUUUUGAUGUCUUUAAACGAUUUACUUACUGAAGUACUCCACCCUUUUAUAAAAAUACUUUGCGACAAAUUUGAUUUUUUUUCAGUGAUCUGCAAACAACUGAACCUUUUAUCAAAAAAUUUUCAAUGAAAAUUAAAAAAUACGAAAAAAUUGUGUCAUUUCUUCUGGUUUUUAGCAAAAUUUCUUGUGUAAAUAAAAUUUUAAUUGAAAAUUAUGCGAAUAUUUGGGAAAGUCCUGCAGACUUUGCGGCUGUCUCGAAGACAAUCAAACUUCAAACCACGUCGCUACUCUUCAAUCUUGUGCUCCCAUAACUGCGCGCGUCGCACAAAUCUGCAUAAUCGCAAUUCAAAAAAUGGUUCUAUGCGAUCGAUGGCGGCAAAGUCAGAUUCAUCUAACAAGGGCAAUGAUAUAAACAAGACUACCCUAACGAACAUACUGCCAGUGGCUUUGAUACAGUCUAAAUCUGCGACCACUUCCACAAAAAUCAUGUUGAUUCCGCUUAACUUGUUUGACGGUGACGAUGAUGCCAGCAAAAACACCAUGAAGACUUUAUCUAUUAUUCGAGAACAUGCUAGACAAAUUGAAGCUUUUCCGAAAAUGUAUUGGCACAGCAGAAUCAACACAUUAUGGCGUGCCAUUGGCAAGUAAUAACGCUGAAACAUUGCUGGAUCAAUGUUCUGGCAAGACGAUGUUACUUUAUGGACUCAUGACGAGGAAAUGUCCAAUUCACAUGCAUUACAACAUUGUGAAGAGACGAUCAAGAG